CAGAUUUGCAUUCGUCAUUUAUUGCUCAUUGAAUUCUGUUGUGUGUGACCUUCCGAAUAGAAAAUAUAAAAGAAAAAUUAUUUAUCUGCGCUCUCUAUAUACAACAUAUUAAUCAAACCAAGUACAAAUCAAUAAAGAAAAUAAAAAAGUUAAAUAAUAACUAGAACCAAAAAUAUCAAAUUUCGAGUGUUUAAAAAGAAUUAAAUAAAAUAAAAAUGUUUCGUUUGAGUACAUCGAUUGUAAAAUCCACUGGCAACUACUUCCUCACCAAAAACGAACUACGAAGAUGUCUUGCUUCAGCAGCUCAAGCUCAACCCAAGCAAAAGUCCGUAGAACAUGACAAUGCCAAAAAACCACCAAAUAUGUCGUUCAUGGCGAACAUAUUCCGUGGACAAGUUGAAUCGUCACAGGUCUUCCCUUAUCCAGAUGUUAUGAAUGCUGAACAAAAGGAAGAAAUCAACAGUCUGGUUGAUCCUUUGGAGAAACUUUUCUUGGAAGUAAAUGACUCGGUAAAGAACGAUGAAAACAGCAAAAUCGACCCCAAAACUCUGGACAGUCUUUGGGAAGCAGGUGCCUUCAGUAUUCAAGUACCAACCGAAUAUGGUGGUUUGGGUCUAAGCAACACCCAAUACGGUCGUUUGUGCGAAAUCAUCGGUGCCAAUGAUUUGGGUGUUGGCAUUACUUUGGGUGCCCAUCAAAGUAUCGGAUUCAAGGGAAUUCUUUUGUUCGGUACCCCUGAACAGAAGGCCAAGUACUUGCCUAAAGUUGCUACAGAACAGGUGUAUGCAGCAUUUGCCUUAACCGAACCCAGUUCAGGAUCUGAUGCUAGUUCAAUCAGAUCGAGAGCUGUAAAGAGUGCCGAUGGCACACAUUACGUAUUGAAUGGAUCGAAAAUUUGGAUUUCGAAUGGUGGAAUUGCCGAUAUAUUCACCGUUUUUGCCCAAACCGAACAGGAAGAUCCAAAAACUGGUGAAAAGAAAGAUAAAGUCACAGCAUUUAUUGUUGAACGUGGAUUCGGUGGAGUGACAAAUGGUCCAGCUGAGAAGAAAAUGGGUAUCAAGUGUUCAAACACUACCGAAGUAUACUUUGAAGAUGUGAAAAUUCCCAUUGAAUGUGUUCUUGGAGGCGAGGGACAAGGUUUCAAAGUUGCUAUGAAUAUUUUGAAUAAUGGACGUUUCGGUAUGGGAGCCACUCUUUCGGGAACAAUGAAGGAGUGCAUCAAGAAAGCUACCGAUCAUGCUAAUAAUCGUCUUCAAUUUGGCAAGAAAAUCAAGGAAUUCGGAGGUAUUCAAGAGAAACUAGCUCGCAUGACAAUGUACCAAUAUGCAACUGAAUCUAUGGCAUACACAAUCGCCCAAAACAUGGACAACGGAAGCGCUGACUAUCAUCUCGAAGCAGCCAUUUCAAAGGUCUUCGGAUCAGAAUCGGCAUGGUUUGUGUGUGAUGAAGCUAUCCAAAUUCUGGGUGGUAUGGGAUUCAUGAAGGACACCGGUCUGGAACGUGUGAUGCGUGAUUUGAGAAUUUUCCGCAUCUUUGAAGGAACCAAUGAUAUUUUGAGAUUGUUUGUUGCCUUGACUGGUAUUCAAUAUGCCGGAUCACAUUUGAAGGAAUUGCAGAGGGCAUUCAAGAAUCCAACAGCUAAUUUGGGUUUGAUCUUUAAGGAGUCGUCAAGGAGAGCAGCACGUACUGUUGGUUUGGGUGGAACUGAUUUGAAUCAAUUUGUCUAUCCAGAACUUCAGCCAUAUGCUAAACAAACAGCUGAGUGUGUUGAUUUGUUUGGACAAACAGUAGAGAGUUUACUCAUUAAAUACGGAAAGAAUAUUGUCAAUGAGCAAUUUAUAUUAACACGUUUGGCUGAUGCCGCUAUUGAUAUUUAUGCAAGUGUUGUCACACAAUCGAGAGCUACAAGAGCGGCGAAUAUGAAUUUGCCAACAGCCGAACAUGAAUUGAUGCUCACAAAGGCCUGGGCUUUGGAGGCCUCUGAUAGAUGUCGUAAGAAUCUAGCGAAGACAACAAACAGCGAACAUUUGGAACUCUACCGAAAGAUGUCAAAUAUUGCCAAAACAGUCUGCGAAAACGGUUCUGUGCAUACAACACAUGUUUGCGACCAAUAAAAUCAUCAACAUUAUCAAUAGAAUCAUUUCAUUUACAUUCAUAAAAAAAAAAAUUUAGAAUAAUUCCCAUCACAUUGCAAAACUUAGUCGUUUAAGUCUCAGAUUUAAAUAAACUUUUUAGAACGUAUUUUAUAUUAUUUGUAAAAAGAAAAAGAAGAAAUAAAUGUUAAUUAUUUUUAAA